AUGGCGGGACCUGGGGGUUGGAGGGACAAGGAAGUCACGGAUCUGGGCCACUUGCCGGAUCCAACUGGAAUAUUCUCACUGGAUAAAACAAUUGGCCUUGGUACUUAUGGCAGGAUCUAUUUGGGACUCCAUGAAAAAACUGGUGCAUUUACAGCUGUUAAAGUGAUGAAUGCUCGUAAGACUGCUUUACCUGAAAUAGGAAGGAGAGUGAGAGUGAAUAAAUAUCAAAAGUCUGUCGGAUGGAGAUACAGCGACGAGGAAGAGGAUCUCAGGACUGAACUCAACCUUUUGAAGAAGUACUCUUUUCACAAAAACAUUGUAUCCUUCUAUGGUGCUUUUUUCAAGCUGAGUCCCCCUGGCCAGAGGCACCAACUUUGGAUGGUGAUGGAGUUAUGCGCAGCAGGCUCAGUCACUGAUGUAGUGAGAAUGACCAGAAAUCAGAGUUUGAAAGAAGAUUGGAUUGCAUAUAUCUGUCGAGAAAUCCUUCAGGGCCUAGCUCAUCUUCAUGCACACCGUGUAAUUCACCGGGACAUCAAAGGUCAGAAUGUGCUACUGACUCAUAAUGCUGAAGUAAAACUUGUGGAUUUUGGAGUGAGUGCCCAGGUGAGCAGAACUAACGGGAGGAGAAAUAGUUUCAUUGGAACACCAUACUGGAUGGCACCUGAAGUGAUUGACUGUGACGAAGAUCCGAGACGCUCCUAUGAUUACAGAAGUGAUGUGUGGUCUGUGGGAAUCACUGCUAUUGAAAUGGCCGAGGGGGCUCCUCCCCUGUGUAAUCUUCAGCCUCUGGAAGCCCUCUUUGUUAUUUUGCGGGAAUCUGCCCCCAAAGUCAAAUCCAGUGGAUGGUCUCGCAAGUUCCACAACUUCAUGGAAAAGUGCAUGAUAAAAAAUUUCCUAUUUCGUCCUACUUCUGCAAACAUGCUUCAUCACCCUUUUGUUCGGAAUAUAAAAAAUGAAGGACAUGUUGUUGAGUCACUGAAGAAGCAUCUUAUUGGAAUCAUUAAAAAGAGACAGAAAAAAGGAAUACCUCUGAUCUUUGAAAGAGAAGAAGCUAUUAAGGAGCAAUACACCAUGAGAAGAUUCAGAGGACCUUCUUGUACUCAUGAGCUUCUGAGAUUGCCAACCAGCAGUAGAUGUAGACCACUUAGAGUUCUGCAUGGAGAACCGUCUCAGCCAAGGUGGUUACCUGAUCGAGAAGAGCCACAGGUCCAGGCACUUCAGCAUCUACAGGGAGCAGCCAGGGUGUUCAUGCCACUACAGGCUCAAGACAAUGCACCUAGGCCUCUACAGGGGCAAGCCCAGGCACCUCAGCGACUACAAGGGGCAGCUCGGGUGUUUAUGCCACUACAGGCUCAGGUUAAGGCUAAGGCAUCUAGGCCCCUACAGAUGCAGAUUAAGGCACCUCCACGACUACGGAGGGCAGCCUGGAUGCUUAUGCCACUACAGGCUCAGGUUAAGGCAUCUAGGUCUCUACAGGUACAGGUACAGGUACCUAAAGAGCAGCAGGCUCAGGCUCAGUCCCAGACAUCAGAAGAGCCACAGGAUCUGGACCAGGUACCAGAGGAAUUUCAGGGGCAAGAUCAGGUACCUGAACAACAACAAAGGCAGGGUCAGGCCCCUGAACAACAGCAGAGGCAGAACCAGGUACCUGAACAGCAGCUGGAGCAGAACCAGCUACCUGUACAGCCAGAGGUACAGGAACAGGCUCCUGAGCCCACACAAGCAGAGACUGAGUCAGAAGAACCUGAGUCCUUACGAGUACAUGCCCAGGUAUUCCUGCCCCUACUCUCACAGAACCACCAUGUGCUGUUGCCACUACAUUUGGAUACUCAGGUACUCAUUCCAGUAGAGGGACAAAAUGAAGGGUCACCUCAAGCACAGGCCUGGGCACUAGAGUCCCCACAGGCAGUUGGCUCAGUUCAAGAACUGAUAGAGGGACUAUCAAGAGGCUUACUUCGAGCACCAGACUCACAUAACUCAAAGCCACUUGGUCCAUUGCAAACCUUGAUGGAAAACCUGUCUUCAAACAUGUUUUACUCUCAACCAGAACAAGCACGGAAGAAAAAAUCAAAAGUUUCUAGUCUAAGGCAGGCAUUGGCAAAAAGACUAUCACCAAAGAGGUUCCGGGCAAAGUUAUCACGGAGACCUGAAGAGUUUGAGCUCUCAGAUUUAGAAGCCUGCAGGCGAAGGCGCCAGAACAGAUGGGAGGAUAUCUUUAAUCAGCACGAGGAAGAAUUGAGACAAGCUGCAAAUGACAAAGAAGAUGAAUCAUCAGACAAUGAUGAAGUAUUUCAUUCAAUUCAAGCUGAAGUCCAAAUAGAACCAUUGCAACCAUAUGUUCCAAAUCCUAAAGGAAAUGAGGUCCAAGAAAGAUCUACUUCAAAGCCUUACAAUCAGGAUUGUGAACACCGUGUCAAGAUCUCUUCAAAUGUUCCUCAGCAGUCUGUUUUGGAACAAUCUCAGAAGCCCAUUGACAUCAGACAAAGAAGUUCGCAAAAUCUUCAAAACUGCCCAGCAGCUUCAGACUCUUCUUCUGAGGAAGAGAGUCCUGUGACCUGGAGGAGGUCCCAGUCAUCACCGCCUUAUUCCACUAUUGAUCAGAAGUUGCUGGUUGAUGUCCACGUUCCAGAUGGAUUUAAAGUAGGAAAAAUAUCACCCCCUGUUUACUUGACAAAUGAAUGGGUAGGCUAUAAUGCACUCUCUGAAAUCUUCCGGAAUGAUUGGUUAACUCCUGCACCUGUCAUUCAGCCACCUGAAGAGGAUGGUGAUUAUGUUGAACUCUAUGAUACUGGUGCUGAUACUGAUGGUGAUGAUGCUGAUUCUAAUGAUGCAUAUGAGGACACCUAUGAUCAUGACAAUGACAAUGAUGACUUGGAUAGCAAGGUUGAUCAGGCUAAUGAUGUUGGUGAAGACUAUGAAGAUAAUGACAGUGAUGGAGCUAUUGAUGACAAAGCCAAUAAUCAUGAUGAUGCCCCUUGUUGGCCAAGAACAAGCUAUGACAGAGAUGGAAGCUGCAAGCAAGAUGGUAGAGAUGGAAGUGAUGGUGGAGACGAGACCUGCAGCAGCUAUGGAAGUCAGAGAGUCAGUAGAGGCCAUGGAGAAAAUGUAGCUAGUGGAGGCAGUGUAGCCAUUAGAGACCAUGAAGAACUUGGAGCCAAUAUAGGCAAUGGAAGAAAAGUUAAGGAAGUCAAUGGAGGUAAGGGAAUCAGUGGAACCAAUGAAGAAAGUGGAGCCCUUGAACUCAGUGGAGGAGAAAAUUUGUCAGAGACAGAUAGUCAAGGAUUGGAGAGACCGACAUCCCACGACUUUGAACAUCAACAGGAGGAGCCUGGUGGUAGAAGCGAGGCCUCAAAUGCCAUUGCCUCAGGUGCUGCACUAGCAGCACCUGAUGAUGAGAAUAACAGCAUGGACAUAUCAGAAGCAUCAACACAAUCAGGUUUUUCUGCCAGCCACUCUUCUUCCAAUGGUUCUGGGAAAGCUGCAAAUGCUGACUUUGCCAGCGCCAUCUUGUAUGCUGGAUUGGUGGAAGCACCUGAGAAACCACCUAAACGACCCUCUGAAGUCAAUGUUAACCCACUAUAUGUGUCUCCUGCAUGUAAAAAACCACUAAUCCACAUGUAUGAGAAGGAAUUCACUUCCGAGAUUUGUUGCGGUUCUUUGUGGGGAGUGAAUUUGCUGUUGGGAACCCGAUCUAAUCUGUAUCUGAUGGACAGAAGUGGAAAGGCAGACAUCAUUAAACUGAUAAAGCGAAGACCAUUCCGUCAGAUUCAAGUUGUAGAGCCACUCAAUUUGCUGAUUACCAUCUCCGGCCAUAAGAACAGACUUAGGGUGUAUCAUUUGACCUGGCUGAGGAACAAGAUUUUGAAUGAUGAUCCAGAAAGUAAAAGAAGACAAGAGGAAAUGCUAAAGACAGAGGAAGCCUGCAAAGCUAUUGAUAAGUUGACAGGAUGUGAACACUUCAGUGUCCUUCAGCAUGAAGAAACAACAUAUAUUGCAAUUGCUUUGAAAUCAUCAAUUCACCUUUAUGCUUGGGCACCAAAGUCCUUCGAUGAAAGCACUGCUAUUAAAGUAAUAUGCAUUGAUCAAUCAGCAGACUCUGAAGGAGACUACAUGUCCUAUGAAGCCUAUAUACGAAUACUGGCAAAAAUACAGGCAGCUGAUCCAGCGAACCGGUUUAAGAGACCAGAUGAGCUCCUUCAUUUGCUGAAGCUCAAGGUGUUUCCAACAGCUUGUCAUAAGCCAGUGACAGUUGACCUGGCUAUUGGUACUGAAAAAAGACUAAAGAUUUUCUUCAGCUCAGCAGAUGGAUAUCACAUCAUUGAUGCAGAAUCUGAGGUUAUGUCUGAUGUGACUCUGCCAAAUAACCCCCUGGAAAUCAUUAUACCACAGAAUAUCAUCAUUUUACCUGAUUCCUUGGGAAUUGGCAUGAUGCUCACUUUCAAUGCUGAAGCCCUUUCUAUGGAAGCAAAUGAACAACUCUUCAAGAAGAUCCUUGAAGUGUGGAAAGACAUACCAUCUUCAGUAGCUGUUGAGUGUACACAGCGAACCACAGGAUGGGGCCAAAGGGCCAUUGAAGCCCGCUCUUUGCAGUCAAGAGUUCUGGAAAGUGAACUGAAGCGCAGGUCAAUUAAGAAACUGAGAUUUCUGUGUACCCGAGGUGACAAGCUGUUCUUUACCUCUACCCUGCGUAAUCGCCACAGCCGGGUUUACUUCAUGACCCUUGGAAAACUUGAAGAGCUCCAAAGCAAUUAUGGUGUUUAA